AUGUCGCUGCCACCGAGCGCCCUCCGACGCCACCAGGCUAAGCCGUCUGCAGCGGCUUCGCCGAGUCUCAUGUUGGACUCACCAGUGAAGCGUGCAGUCGGGGAGGGGAGGAGAAGAAUUCCCAGGAGUCUGCGCGUUUUCCACGUUCAAGGACCCGGUGUACGCGUGCGCAUCACAGCAGAGCAUCCCGACGAGCAAACCACAGGGUGGCUGCUUGCGCGAACAAUUGAACUGCUUGCGGAGAAAGGUCUGGCUGACGGCGUCGUCGCGCUGCGAACAGAUCCCUCGGGGCCGCUCGGCAGGCGCCACUGGCUUGAUGUGUAUCUGCAGGAUAUGCAUCGGCCUCUGGGGCCUCUCAACUUCGAAGAUCAUUUCCAGUGUGUGUACAGCGAGGCCAUUCUUCCGCCAGAAGCAGGUCCUUCCCAGAGCCUGGAACACGCUCAUGUCGAGAGGCUGGGCUCCAAUGGCGAGAAGCAAGAUCUUGAAAGAGAUCAGAGGGUCCCGGUAAAAUGUUCUGCCGGUUCACUGAGCGAUACACCAUUAAACUGGGGUCCUGCGGCCCGAGCCGGGGGGUCGACUGUGCCGCCCGCGUCGGCGCGCUGGGGCGACAGUGCCGCCCGCGUCGGCGCGCGGGGACCUUCUGUCCUUCACCACCGGACUACGUCUUCUAGGCACCUGGGCAGAGAUGCCCGGCUUUCUCAGUCUUGUGGGAACGCGUUUUUCUCCCAAAGCUGCACUUCUGCAGAAGCGUCGAACGCUUUCUACCGCAGCGACGCCGGCUCCUGGCAGGAUCUUUCCAGCGAUAGAGGAAACUACGCUGUGGGCUCAGAUGCGCGAGGCAGUCCUUCGCAGUCUUCGUCUUCGCACGGCGCCCCUCCUCCGUCGCCCGUGGCUCUGAGCACGUUGGAGGUUCCUCUGCAAAGGGGCGUAGACAGCCCCCGCUACCCGCGAAGCACAUCUGGCGGGCACAGGGACUCGUCGGCCUCCCACGAGGGCUCUUCAGGGCAGCACGAAGGGGCGACUUGCACGUAUCGCCAUCCGUCUCGGCCUGGAGGCGUGUGUGUAUGGCAUUUUCGGGACGAGGGGGUGAUUGGAAGCGGAGGCUUCAGCGUCGUUUACAAGGUACGGAAGAAAGACACCGGACGCCUGUAUGCCAUGAAAGUCGUGGCAAAAGACAAAGUGGCUCACGAACGGCACAAAAUCCGCCGAGCGCUCUCUGAAAGAGACGUCCUCAAGCAGUGCGACUCGCCCUUCAUCGUGAAGCUCUACUGGGCGUUCCAGACCCGGCGACACCUAUUUCUCGUUAACGAACUGUGCCCUGGAGGAGAUCUCUUCCGUCUCCUUCGCGACUGUCGUCGCUUCCCCGAGGACGUCUGCCGCUUCGUGUUCGCGGAGGUUCUGCUCGGUUUGCACCACUUGCAUGCGCGCAACAUCCUGUACCGGGACUUGAAAGCCGAAAAUGUCUUGGUGGACCUGGACGGGCACUGCAGGCUAGCGGAUUUCGGCUUGUCCAAAACUCUCUCCGAUGGCUGCCGACGGACCUACUCUUUCUGCGGAAGCCCAGAGUAUCUGAGCCCAGAGAUGCUGCUAGGCACAGGUCAUGACAAGACGCUGGACUACUACGGCCUCGGCGGCCUGCUGUACGAAAUGCUAACUGGGAUUCCGCCGCACUACUCGGUUAAUCGAAACUCCAUGUACAGCAAGAUACUUCAGGGAAACCUGUCGUUCCCAUCUACGCUGAAGGUGUCUCCCGAGUCAAUGGAUCUCGUGGAGCGUCUACUGCAUCUGGAACCUGCACGCCGACUGGGUGCCGGUCCGGCAGGCGUCGACUCAAUCUUUGCCCAUCCCUGGCUCCGCGACGUCGACUGGAAGCAAGUCUCGGAACGGCGGGGCACUAGUCCACUGAUGCCUUACCUCCAACGGCAACGGCUGGGAAUUGGCAACAGUCACGAGCCGCUGUAUUCUCGUGUAGCAGCUGGCGUCAGCGGAGCGUGCUUCCCGGAAUUUUCUCCUUCCGAUUUCUUGUGGGAGGCACCGACUACAUGCCCGUUUCGUCACUUCGAUUGGGAAAACAAAUGGCUUUUGAAUGAAGCACCAGAGAGGUGCUCUCUCAUCUUGCCUACCGGCAACACCGGCGGCCACCAAUGUUAUGAGUCGCACGACGAUGACAGAGUGGCGUCAAGCCUUGCCGCUUUCGGUAGACUCGAGGCUCCAGUUGCACCGCCUUUUGGCAGAGCUCCCAGGGCCGCGCAGAUGCCGCAGGAAACAAGUCAGAGGCUGGAGAAAGACUGUGGAGAUCGCACUAGGGUGAUUGCUACAGUGCAUAUACAGUGCGCCCCUGAUCCAAUCCUCAAGCGCACCCGCAUUGUUCUAAACCAAACCAACUGUGCCUCCGUCGGAGCUGCCGAAACUGCUUCGCAAGAUCUACCGGUCUCCCUUCCGUGCUCAGCGGCCCCAGCUAGCCUACGACACCACCGAAGCAAUCUAUCGACACCUGAUCAAGUGUCAAUAGGCUCGUCGUCGUCUACCCAGAGUUAUUCCUGCGUGGCAGCCCUUACCGGUACAUCAGGCAUGAAAGCAAGUGGGGGGUGGGUGACUGUGCACCCCGAAAUUCGCUUUCCAUGUGCUGGGUCAAUCCAUGCGCAUGCAGUGGAUGACCUGGCUGGCAAGAGGGAUGAGCCAGCAAAUGGCGGGGGAAUCGCACAUCACAUUGGUCACAACGGCGUAGCCCACGCAGCAGGCACCAAAGCGCUUCCCCGCCCCUCGUUUGCCAAAACUACAGCGGUCCGUAACGCAAAAUCGAGAGACGCUCCUCUGCAGUUGCCGAAGCCGGUCGCCGCGGUGGCGCAGUUUUCGUCAAGACAGAGGCCGCCCACGGGGCAGGACGGGACCAAGGUGUUUAUGCGUGGUACUGUGUCGAAUCAACUAAGGGCAAGAGCGCUACAAUCGGUUCUCGAGUUGCCUUAG